CAACGCGCGGGUUACAGUUCAGCUCAACAAAAGAUUUGAGUAUUCGUGUUCUAUUGUUCUCCGAUUGGAUUCAGCAACUACUCAGCUCACUUCAGAUGUCUACCGAAGCGAAACGCCCCAGGAUGGCUGACCGGAAAGGGAAAAGUGAAAAACGCAAUUAUUACGCCAAAUCGUUCGGUGACUCGAGGAAGAAACUCUACCUGGAACCGGGCCAGUGCGGAUUUAUGGUAACGUGCAAUUUUCGCGAAAGGGACUGCAUCCAGGACGGCUACCGUCUGCUGAAUGAGUACGCGGAUGAAUUGUACGGUAAGGUGGGCGAAGCUGAGAAGAAGCCAGCAUCGGACGAAGAGGAGAAGGAGGAGGAGGAUGAGGUGGACAUCUCAGUGUUAGUUCAAAACGAGGCGGAAGCAGUCAAGAAGCAGCGGGCUCAGUUUCGUUUCAAAUCGGUGGAAACCGGCGCGAAGAACUGUUGCUUCAUUACAACAACACUGAAGGAUCCCAAGGAAUUGGCUUUGAAGAUCCUGCGCGAUCUGAACGAAACUAAGAAGAGUAAGACUCGGAACAUUCUACGGUUAAUGCCGAUCGAAGUGGUCACAAGGGCCAAUCUGAAGGACAUUAUCGAUGCCGCGGGCGCUCUGUUCGAUAAAUAUUUCCUGAAGGAACCGAAGACGUUUGCCAUCAUCUUCAAUCGGCGUUUCAACAAUGACAUCGAAAGGACCAAGGUCAUCGAAGAGUUGGCCGGACUGGUGUCUUCGAAGAACAUUAACAAUAAGGCCAAUUUGAAAAACCCAGACCUGGCCAUUAUUGUGGAAGUGAUCAAAGGGCUGUGCCUGAUCAGUGUCGUGCCGGAGUACUUCCAGCUGCGGAAGUAUAACUUGCUGGAGAUCUGUGCCCAAAAGGAAGAAGGUCCGAGCGCGGAGAAGAGCAAGCCGGAUUCUGAGGAUGCCACGGAGAAAUCCGAUGAGAAAGCAUACCAGGAUGAAGGAACCAAAUCGGAGAAAACCCAGGAUAAAGAGACCAAAUCGGAGGAAGCUUCGAUCACAGAGUGACGUUCUUUACCGUAACGUGGAAGUGGGUUUUAUUUUCAAGAUUAUCGAUAAUAAAAUUAAACUUGUUAAAUAGUAUUUACAACGAA